AUGUCAGAGGAGACGAUUCUUUUAACUGAAAGGAAAGCGAUCUCAUGGAUACUUUGGACUGUUUGGAAAAACAGAAAUAUGAUCCUAUAUGCUGAUACGCAGGAAUCAAUUACCAUACAAGUACACAACGCGAUUGAGGAAGCUAGUAUCUGGUCUGAGUUAAAUACCCAGCAACAAGUUCCUGAGACCGUACAUGGCUUGAAUGAAGAAGCGAAGAAGUGGGAGCCUCCGUUAUUAGGUUAUGUGAAAUGCAACAUACAUUCCAAUUGGAGGAACGCGAAGCUUCAUAGUGGAGUGGCUUACAUUAUACGUGACCCGAGUGGCAAUGUUCUCCACCAUGCUAGAGAUGCACUCACUUUCUCACCGAACAUAGUAACAUCUGAAUUUCGAUGCCUUGUUUGGGCGCUACAGAGUAUGGAGAAUCUAGGCUAUCAAGAGAUUGUAGGCUUUGCACCCGUAGUUAGCUCAGAUUUCAAAGAUAUCAUUGAGGCUGUGAAGAAGCCUAACAAAUGGCCUUUGUUUAGAGUUAUGCUUCAAAAGAUAAGCAGUCUUUGUGCUAGGUUUCGCUCGGUGGCCUUUGAAGCAGAAUCAUCAUCUUCAAAUCAGAUAGCGAGAAAUUGCGAAGAGCGUCCUUCGUGA